UGUAAUUCAAGGAAAGUUGCCAUCAAAUUGAACUAUCCUCAUCAUUUAGAUUUUUGAUGAGGUUCAUUAUUUUCAUCUAUAGGAAAAAAAGCAUGGCAUUGACUACUCAAAUACAGGUGAAAAAUGUAUUAACCAUGAUGAUGUUGGCAUUAAAGGAUCAACUCAAGAAGAGGGAUCAUAUGGUAAUCAAUGCUAUGAUUACCAAGUGAAUAAUUAUGAUAUAUUUGGAUCAAUGGAGUCUUCCAAAGAGACAGGCUGCCGAGCUCCGGAAGGCCCUAUUCUUUGCAUCAACAAUUGUGGCUUCUUUGGUAGUGCAGCCACUAUGAACAUGUGUUCUAAGUGCCACAAAGACAUGAUCUUGAAGCAGGAGCAGGCGAAGCUUGCAGCGUCGUCCAUUGAGAACAUUGUGAAUGGAGGGUCUUGCAGCAGCGGGAAGGAGCCUGUGGUUGCUGGUACUGUGGACAUGCAAGAUGGACCUGUGGAGUUGAAGGUUGCUCCUACACAAGCAUCCUGUGAUUCAUUCACAAGCCAGAGUUCAGAGGUCAAGGCAAAAGAAGGUCCGAAUAGAUGCAACUCUUGCCGGAAGCGUGUGGGUCUGACAGGUUUCAAUUGCAGACUGCAGGUCGGGAUGCGAUAGCCAAAGCCAAUCCUGUCAUUAGAUCAGAAAAGCUUGAUAAGCUCUAGGAGCCAUUCAGUGGGGGUUUAUUAGGUACUGAAGUAUGAUGCUUUCUCGUCGUGUCUUCGUAUAAGUUGGUCACUUGUCUUAUCAGGUGUCAUUCAAUUGACAUAAAUGGUUUAAGGCACGAGAAUGGAGGGCGACUUUACAAGUCAAAUGAACUCGACAAUCCUCCUCAAUUGGCUAAUAGUACUUUGCUUGCUCCAGUGUGUUAAGUCUUUAUUUGUGCUGGCUUGAUGGACAUUCCUGCGGAAAUUUGUAAUUUGUCGUCCUGCCUAAUUUGCGCUUAUUAUUCCAAUGUUUCGUAUCAUGAUGGUGAUGGUGUGUUCAUAUCGUACCUUUAGCCCCAAGAACUCUUUAUGCUUUCAGUGCAUGUGUACUUUUUACAAGAAGCUAUACAUGUCUUGCACAGUAUUGAAACCAUGUCAAGAUUUAACACAUGUAUUUCCUUGUUGAAUCGAAAUAUAGAAGAAAGAGUAGUUCAAUGUACGAGGCUUUUCUCAUUGCAGAA